AUGGAGAGAGUGAAUUUGAAUUUGAGGAAGAGAUAUUCUGUUGUCGGUGGCUUCCUCUUGAUUUUGAAGCCUUCACGCCAUGUUCAACGAGUGAACUACAUUGCCAACAAUUGCGAGAGCAAAUUACUUGAAGAAGAUACAAAUGAUCAGUGA